GGUCUUGGUUCUUUUGGUAACCAACUCAAUUCCCACUAGAGUCCCACCAUUUUUCUUUCUUCCUUUCUCAUUUUUUCCUCCCCCUUCCAAACGACUUCUAUAUAUAAAUUGCAUUUCUAUCAUUUUAUCAGAUCAUAAACACACACAUGGGAUCGUCAAGCAUGAAGGUGCACAAUCAGUUCGCACGUGGGCUGCUAUGGGAGCACGAACCCCUCAGCUCCCUCACACUCGGUUGCUGCAACCGCUUACGCCCUCUCGCUCCCAAGCUCCCACACACCGCCACUGCGGCUGCCGCCAGUACUGCUGCUUUUGAUCUCAAGAGCUACAUUAGACCCGAAAGCGGUCCCAGAAAAUCAGACCAUAAGCCAGAAACAACUCAGGUAGAGACGCUUCCGGGAGGGACGAGGUGGAACCCGACGCAAGAGCAGAUAGGGCUACUGGAGAUGCUUUAUAGAGGUGGAAUGCGCACUCCAAAUGCACAACAGAUAGAACAAAUCACCGCUCAGCUCGAAAAGUACGGGAAGAUUGAAGGCAAGAACGUGUUUUACUGGUUUCAAAACCACAAGGCACGCGAGAGGCAGAAGCAGAAGCGCAAUAGUCUUGGCCUCGGCCAUUGUCCGAGGACUUACACCGCCACCAUUGCCACUAUAACCGCGGACACAAUUAGGGGACAUGAGGAGAGAGAAGAGGACAGUCCAAAAAAGAGAAAGUGCAGGACUUGGAUGCCUGAAUGCUUGGAAGAGGACAAGAGACACUGUAAAGAGGAAGGAGACAAGACUCUAGAGCUUUUCCCAUUGCACCCAGAAGGCAGAUGAAAGGGGGGUUGGAAAAAUUCUCAUCUCGAUCACUCUCUGGUUUUCUGUGCUCUUUUUCUUUUCUUUUCUUUGUUUGGGGAAAGAGAAAAGAAAAGAAAAGAAAAAGGAAAGUUGUACUAUAUUUAUCUUUGUGUACCCCUCUGCCUGAUAUAUCCCUUCUUGUAUUAUUCUUGGCAUGGAAACCAAAGUGCUUUGUUGUUUCUCUUGGAAAA